AUGGCACAAGGGAACCAGACCAGCAGUUUUGAGUUCCUCCUCUGGGGACUCUCAGAGAGGCCAGAGCAGCAAGGUGCCCUCUUCCUGGUAUUCCUGUGCAUGUACUUGGUCACUGUGACUGGCAACCUGCUCAUCAUCCUGGCCAUUGCUACUGACACACGUCUCCACAUGCCCAUGUACUUCUUCCUUGCCAGCCUGUCCAGUGCAGACAUCCUUUUCGUCUCCACCACUGUGCCAAAGGCCCUCGUGAACAUCCAGACCCAGAGCAAAUCUAUUUCCUAUGGGGGAUGCCUGACCCAGCUCUACUUCUUCUUGACUUUUGGGGACAUGGACAGCUUUCUCUUGGCCACAAUGGCCUAUGACCGCUAUGUGGCCAUCUGCCAACCUCUCCACUACACGAUGAUUAUGAGCCCCCUCCGCUGCAUCUUCCUGAUCACUGUCUGCUGGACCCUUACAAAUAUUACCUCUUUGAUCCAGACCAUACUCACACUUCAACUUUCCUUCUGCUCUAACAGAAUUAUUCCUGACUUCUACUGUGAUCUACAACCCUUGAUAAAGUUGGCUUGCUCUGACACUAAGGUCAAUGACCUUUCACUCCUCUUGCUUGGGGGAACAUGCAUUUUAGUCCCCUUUACACUCAUCCUGAUCUCUUAUAUCCGCAUUGUUACAGCCAUUCUCAGGCUCCCCUCUGCCCAGGGGAGGCGCAAGGCCUUCUCUACCUGUGGGUCUCAUCUUGCUGUUGUUGCCCUGUUCUUUGGAACAGUGAUCAGGGCUUAUCUGUGCCCCUCACCCCCUUCCUCCAACUCAGUGGAAAAGAAUACAGCAGCUGCUGUGAUGUACACAGUGGUGACUCCCCUGCUGAACCCCUUCAUUUACAGCCUGCGGAACAAGGACAUGAAGGGAGCUCUGGGGGUUCUUUUCAGGGGAAAAGUCUCCUUCUUGAGGGGGCAGUAA